UCAAGCAGGAAGUGAGCGCGUUCAUGUGGUUGUGUUGUGCUGUUUUGCCGCCUUGACGCAAGCUCACUUACUGUACAUUUGCAUUUGCAAAUGUUUAAUAUUUACUGAUGUAAGCAAAGGAGAGAAACUAUGGCUGCUGAUACUUCCACUGUUGGAGGGAUACAAGGUUACCUUCUUAAGCUCCACUCAUCCCUUGAAGACACAGUGAGCACGAAUGUUGCUAUAGUCUGCCAUGACAUUAUUGGAGACUUGGGGCAGGAGUGCAUGAUAACUAAGAAUGAGAAUGAACUGGUUUUACAGACAUCUUUGCUCUUUGCAAAGGAAGAGGGAUUGCUUAGCUUUCUUCGCAGGUCUCUGUCUACUGAAAAGCUGGGGACUACAGGAGUGGAGAUUCUGCGGGAAACGAGAGUGGAGAUUAUGAAUUUCUUAGGGGCAUUUCUACAGAGAAUGUCAGCCACUGUCCGAGGAUGGGAAAAGAACUAUGCUGUCGAGCUUAAGGACACGUGCAUUGUCGUUUACACAAAGGACAAAUCUGCAAAGUGCAGAAAUCCUGCUUUAGAUCUUCUAAUCAAAAUACUGUAUCUCACGAAAGACUCCAGCAUCACACAGAAUCUCAGAAUUGGAGAUAUGUUCAACAAAUUUUACGGAGAGUUGUGUCAGAAGCAUAAGAUCCCUGAUACAGUCCUGGGUUGCAUUUAUGAACUUCUUGGAGUGCUGGGUGAAGUGCACCCCAGCGAGAUGGUCAACAACUCUGACAAACUCUACAAGGCCUACCUGGGUGAACUGAAAGGACAGAUGACAUCUACUACAAAGGAGCCGAAGCUUCCUGUUGUUGCCGGAUGUCUGAAAGGAAUCGCCGCUCUGAUGGUGAACUUCACCAAAUCAGUGGAAGAAGACCCAGCCGCAUCGAAAGAAAUCUUUGAUUAUGCCCUAAAGGCUAUUAGUCCACAGACUGAUAUAAAACGAUAUGCAGUCAUCUUUGCUGGCCUAAAACUAUUUGCGAAGCACUCUAGCCAGUUUGGCAGCUGUCUCAUGGAUCAUUACAUCUCAAUCUUUGAUGUUAUGUCCAAACAUUGUGGACACAUAAAUGCAGAGCUGAAAAAGAGCAGUUACACCGCUCUGGAGUCUUUCCUAAAACAGGUGGCCACACUUGUGGCAGAAAACAUAGAGCUUCAUAAAAGCAAGCUGAAGUUUUUCAUGCAGAAGUUUUGUGCAAUCAUCAGGACCAUGGACUCCACUAAUAAAGAGCUGUCCAUCGCUAUCAGAGGAUAUGGCCUGUUUGCUGCGCCGUGUAAGGUGGUGUGCCCCCAGGAUGUAGAUCUGAUGUACACAGAGUUGAUUCAGCGAUGCAAGCAGAUGUACUUGACUGAGUCUGACCGGGAUGAUGACAACGUCUACCAGCUGCCAAGCUUCCUCGACUCCAUAGCGAGUGUUUUGGUACACCUUGACCGGAUCCCAGAAGUGUACACACCUGUACUUGAGCGUCUCCUUGUGGUCCAGAUGGACAGUUUCCCUCAGUACAGCCAGAGAAUGCAGCAUGCCACCUGCCGCUCCAUUGUCAAGGUGUUUGUUGCAAUGGCGGUUCGGGGUCCUGUCCUCUGGAGUUUCACUAGUUCCGUGGUUCACCAGGGCCUGAUCAGAGUGUGCUCCAAGCCGGUUCUUCAGUCAGAUGAGCGAGGGGUUUCUUCAGGGGUUUCUCAAUCAGAGGAUUCUACUCUGGUGCGCUCUGGGAAAUGGAAAGUUCCUUCAUCAAAGGACUACCUUGAGCUCUUCAAGGGGCUUCUGGACUGUGAAAACCUCAAAGACACAGGAUUUGUGGAUGGAGCUCCAGCUGCCAAAAACUACAACCUGAGAGACUUAAACCGACACUUAUAUGAUGCACUGGUGCAGUCAGUCAUGAAGAUUGUGGAGAAACUUGAUCUUUCAGUGCAGAAAGUCAGUGCAGCGGAUGAGGUACAGAGUGAUGCAAGUGCUGGGAUUGUGCUGUCAUCUGAUCCAACAGCAAACCUGAUGCCCAACAAACCCAAAGACUUCAUUGCCUUCAUCAACUUAGUGGACUUUUGCAGUGAGUUGUUGCCUUCAAGAAAUCCUGAGUAUUUUGCUCAGUGGAUGCACCCCCUGUGUCACGAGCUCAUCCUGCAGUCGAUACGUUUCCCUCUGGUCAGUGGUUUUUAUAAGCUCCUCUCCCUCUCUAUGGGCAUUGCCAAGAAAACCCAGUAUUUUCAGGACGUAAAACAAUGUCCUAAACAAGUUGGUGGCUCAACCAUGGAGAACGCCUGUUUUUCACUCCUUGCAAAGUUUGGAAAAGAGGUUUGUGUACGUAUGAAGCAAUAUAAAGACGAGCUCCUGGCUGCCUGUCUGAUGUUCAUCCUCUCGCUUCAUCCUGGCAUGGUGGCUCUUGACAUCAAGGCAUACAUCCCUGCUCUACAGGCUGCACUGCGGCUGGGUUUGAGUCACGCUCCUCUGGCCACAGCAGCACUGGAUGCUCUGGAGUCCUGGUCGUCUUUUAUCCCUGCUGCCAUCCUGCAACCACAUUAUACAGACAUACUGCCACAUUUAGAUGGCUACCUCAAAACCACUAGUAGCUCUGAAAAAGAUGACAGCAAUAUGGAAGUGACAUUUGUGUCAACGGGAAGUUCAAAAGGUUAUGGACAAGUGUUGUUGAGACUCCUGAAGAAAUCAAAGCGCUUUUCUCUGGGAGACGAGUCUCCAAUCGCUGCUGUGAGACGCAGGGUGGUACGUCUACUCGGACACCUGGGAGGACAGCUCAACAGGAGCCUUGUGACAGCUGUUUCUGCGGAGGACAUGAUGAAGCGGUUUGUAGCGUGGGAUUGUGAGAAGAGGCUGAGUUUUGCUGUGCCUUUUAAAGACAUGAAGCCUGUGAUCUACCUGGACUCUUUCUUGCCACGGGUCACAGAGCUCGCACUGUCCUCCAGUGAUAGACAGACUAAAGUUGCAGCCUGUGAGCUUCUACACAGUCUGGUCAUAUAUAUGGUGGGUAAAGGAGCCCAGAUGACAGAAGAUGACAAGUCUGCUCCACCCAUGUACAACCUACAUCGAAAAGUCUUUCCUGUUCUUCUACGCCUGGCUUGUGACGUUGACCAGGUGACGCGGCAACUCUUUGAGCCUCUGGUGAUGCAGCUUAUCCACUGGUUCACCAACAAUCGAAAGUUUGAGAGCCAAGACACAGUGGCAGUGCUGGAGGCCAUCCUGGAUGGGAUUGUGGAUCCAUUGGACAGCACCCUCAGAGACUUCAGUGGCACCUGCAUCCAGGAAUUUGUCAAAUGGUCUAUCAAACAGACCACCCCCAAACAGCAGGAAAAGAGCCCGGCCAACAUGAAAUCCCUCUUCAAGCGUAUCUACAGCUUGGCUUUACACCCCAGUGUCUUCAAGAGGCUUGGAGCUGCGCUGGCCUUUAACAGCAUGUACAGGCAGUUCAGGGAAGAGAGCUCUUUGGUUGAGCAGUUUGUCUUCGAGGUGCUGGUGGUGUUUGUUGAGAGUUUGGCUUUGGCCCACUUUGAUGAAAAGUCUGUGGGAACUGUCCAGCAGUGUUGUAGUUCACUGGAUCAUUUGAAGAGAAUCAUCAAACACAAGGCAGACUCACUAAAUAUAAACUCCAAGAGACGGAUACCCAGAGGUUUUCCUGCAGAUCAGUCAGUGUGUUUAUCUAAUGUAGUCCUUUGGCUGCUGACCCAGUGUGGAAGACCCCAGACUGAAUGCAGACACAAAAGCAUGGAGCUUUUCUUUGAAUUUGUGCCUCUGCUGCCAGGUAAUUCAUCUCCUGCGAUGUGGCUGGACGAGCAGUUAAAGCAGCGUGGUCCAGGUUUUCUCAUUUCAUGUUUAGAGGGAGGUGGUUUACUAUCUCAGCCCACCUUGAGAGAGAUUGAAGCCCCCUUCAGCAUCAGAGGCACCUUACAAUGGAUGGAUCUGCUGCUGGCUGCUCUUGACUGCUACAACACCUUCACAAACCUGCGGUGUCUGCAACUCCAGAGGAUCCUGGGCACUUGUGAGAAGUCCAGCUUUUUGCCUGCUGUACAUUUCUUCCUAACAGAGCUGUCCAUGCAGGACAUUCAGGCUGCCAGGGCCUGCUUCAGAUUGGGAAAUGCAGGUCAGUCACACUUCAGCCCUCGUGAGACCGAGCAGUACAACUACAGCAAGUGCUCCAUCAUUGUCCGAAUGCUGGAGUUCUCCACCAUGGUGCUGCAGAAAUGCCCACAGGACCUCUGGAAGUUAAUGGAGAAAGAUGUGUUCAACUCUUCCCUCUUCACAUUGGUGGUGUUGGCAGUAUGUGAGCCCUCCUCCAUUGGAUUCAACAUGGCGGAUCUAGAGGUGAUGACUCACCUGCCGGAGGUGUGCUUUCCUUUGCUUAAAGCUUUGGCAUCAGCACCUUACAGGACACAACUGGAGAGCUGCAUUCGGAUGAGGAUAACAAAACAAAGUGUGGAGGAGCUGUGUGCUAUUGAUUUGUAUGAGACAGACACCAGAAACAGCCAUGCUAGCAUGAAUCUGUUACUCUCAGCCUGUAGGCAGCUUCACCAGUCUGGGCUGCUCAACUCAGUUUUGCACAGUCAGGAUGCUAGUUAUGGUUGCUCUUUGGGCUCCAAACUUCUCACUAGUGUGUAUAAAAGCAUUGCUCCAGGAACUGACAGGAAGUCUUUACCCUCCAUGGAUGUUGGCAGCAGAAAGUUGGCUGACAGACUUGUGCAAUUAUCGUUUUGUUUGGGUGAUCAGAGUGAACAGACGGUUGGCCUUUUACUGAACACCAUCACACUCUCAGUCCCUCUCUCUGGCAGUCUGAACCCUCACUUCCUCAGCUUCUCUCAUGGGGAGUACUUUUACAGCCUCUUCCAAACAUCUCUCAAUACUGAGUUACUGCGCAGUGUGGAUCGGUCAGUGCCGCUGCUGCUGUCCUCAGCCAACCAAAACCCCAGCAUGGUUAGUGUUUUGCUGAACGGCAUGUUGGAUCAUAGUUUUCGUGAGCGUUCUGUCAGAAAGUCCCAAGGUUCACAAUUGGCUGAGCAAGUGCUCAAGGGGUGGGAUUUGCUCAGGCCAUGGUGGGAUGGUCCUGCGGCAACACCAGAAAGCAAAACCUCAGUCCUGUCAUUGCUUGCCAAAGUGCUCCAGAUCGAUUCAUCUGUGUGCUCCAAUACAAGUCACCCAGCAUUCAAUGCUGUGUUUACCACUUUCACAGCUCUUCUCACAGAUGUAUCUAUGCCAUUAAAUCUCAAGAGUCAGGCUCUUAUCAUGCUGCCUUUCUUCACUGCAUUGCCCAGCAUGCCUUUAGAGGAGCUCAGGAGGGCUCUGGAGUCACUGGUGGCUACACAUUUCCCUAUGCAGUCAGAUGAAUUUCCACGUGGAUCUCUACAGUGCAACAACUACAUGGAUUGCAUUCGCAAGUUUUUAGAGGCCCUGCAACUGUCUCAGAGUCCUUUGUUAUUGAAGCUUAUGGCUCGAGUUCUGUGCCGGGACAAAAAACAUAUCAUGGAGGAGCUUUUUCAGGCCUGCUUUCAAAAAAUUGCUCAUCAGUCUUAUUUGGGAAAACAAGUUCUUCUCCUCAGCUCCACCUACCAAUCAUUUCAAGCCAAAGAAGUUCCAUCAAACUUCAUGCUCAUGGGUCUGAUAGACAGAGUCCUGCUGCCGCUGGCCUCUCACUGCAGUCCUCAAGCUCUCUCUCAGUUCUUUAUCUCUAAUAUUGCUGAUAUCAUGACUACUCUACAGACACGCUUCACCAAGUCUGUUGAGUCGGUGUUUGAGAGUCAGAUCAUGAUGAAGAUUGGCUGUUGUAAGCUGUUGGAGGUGUUGUAUUCUCGUCUGCCUAAAGAGGAAGUCUAUUCUAAAAACUCUGCCAUCAACCAGGCCUUCUGUGGCACCGGCUGCGCUGAAGGCAAUGAGCUUUCCAAGAACCUCCUCAAAUCAUGUUUUGAGGCCUUCACGGAGAACAUGACAGGAGAGAUGGUACUGCUGGAGUUGAGGAGACAGUUUCACUGCGCUGCUUACAACUGUGCCAUAGCCCUUAUCAGCUGCAGCUUCAACGAAACCAAGUUCUACCAGGGCUUCCUUUUCACUGAAAAACCUGACAAGAAUCAGUUCAUAUUUGACAAUCUUAUUGAUUCGCAAAGGGUGUACAACUUUCCUAUAGAGAUUGAUGUCCCUAUUGAGAGGAAAAAGAAGUAUGUCAUGAUUAGGAAAGAAGUGAGUGGAGAAAACGGAGACGCACCUGUAUAUCUGUCUUCCCAGUCCUACAUGGCAGACAGCAGUCUCAGUGAGGAGAUGAGUCAGUUUGACUUCUCCACUGGGGUUCAAAGCUUCUCCUACAACUCUCAGAAUCCUUCAGGCGUGAGCAGCUCCAGCAGGAUGCGGGAGCGCAAGGAGGUUUUGUCUCAGGACGAGACUGUGGAGCUGGAGAUGGAUGAGCUGAACCAGCAUGAAUGUAUGGCCAAUAUGACGGCACUGCUGCGCCACAUGCAAAGGAACAACAUCACCCCGAAAGUAGAGGAGGGUGUGAGACCUAGUGAUCUUCCUCCAUGGAUGAAGUUCCUGCAGGGGAAGCUGGACAAUCCAUCUACUCCUCUCAACAUUAGACUCUUCAUCGCCAAACUUAUCAUCAAUACUGAGGAGAUUUUUCGUCCAUAUGCCAAGCAUUGGCUGGGCCCACUGAUGCAGCUGGUGGUUUCCAGUAGCAAUGGAGGAGAGGGCAUUCACUUUAUGGUGGUGGACAUUGUGGUCACAGUCCUUUCAUGGGCCAGUGUAGCUUCACCAAAGGGUAACACAAGAGAUGAAGUUUUGGUCAACAGGCUUCUUGGGUUUUUGUUUAAGAACUGCUUCCACAGCAAACGGGCUGUUUUCCGUCACAAUCUGGAGAUUAUACGCACAGUUGUCGAGUGCUGGAAGGACUGCCUCACAAUACCCUACGAUUUGAUAUACGAGCGGUUUGCUGGAACAGAUCCCAACAGCAAGGAUAACUCUGUGGGAAUACAGCUUUUAGGCAUUGUAAUGGCCAAUAAUCUUCCUCCUUAUGAUGCUGCGUGUGGCAUCGAGCAUGACAGAUAUUUUCAGUCGCUGGCCAAUAAUCUAUCAUUCAUCAGAUAUAAAGAGGUGUACUCAGCAGCUGCUGAGGUCAUUGGGUUAAUCCUGAACUACAUGACAGAAAGAGAAAAUCAAAUUGAAGGGACCUUAUUUAACAUCACUGUUACGAAACUGAUGGAUUUGAGAAAGAAGGAGGUGGAUGACAAGUUUAUUGUUUGCUUGAGCAAAGUGUCAAAACACUUUCCACCUUUGGUGGACCGAUUCAUUAAUCCUGUAUUUUAUUUGCUGCCAAAGCUGCAUGGCAUGUUGAAGACACACUGUCUUGAAUGCGUGCUGAGUCGUGCUGAUGUCAUCCCUGAAAUCUUCCUGCACCUAAAGACCAAAGGCCUCUCACAGAUCAUGAGCCACAAAGAUGAGGGCAGACAGCGGGUUUGUCUGGACAUUAUUCAUAAGAUCCUGGCAUGUCUGAAGCCAGAAGAGCUGAAGGAAAUUUUGGGAGCUGUCACAGCAUUCGCAUCUCACCCUUCUCCUGUGUGCAGAGAGAGAAUGUAUGAUAUCCUGAUGUGGAUUCAGGACAACUACAGUGACUCUGAGAGCAGGGAAGACAGCACGUCUGUGGAAGUUCUCAGUGUUGCUCGAGAGACUCUCCUGCAGGGACUGACAGAUGAAAACUAUGGCUUACAGCUUUAUGUGCGCAAUUUCUGGAGUCACGAGAGCCGUUUACCCCCAGAAACACUGGAGCGUAUGCUUGUCGUGCUGAAAUCGCUGUAUUCAUCCCGCAUUGAAGAACAGUUCCUCAGUUUGGCCACUGACCUACUUCUUGAGAUGACCAGUCACAGCCCUGACUUCACACGCAACAUGUUUGAGUUCCCUCUCUCUGAGUGCAAGUUCCAGGACUACACAAUAGACUCUAACUGGCGUAUGCGGAGUACGGUCCUCACGCCCAUGUUUAUGGAGACUCAGGCCACUCAGGGGGCAGAAGCUGCUGGCAGUCAGGCAGCCACAGUGAGGGGCCAGAUCAGGGCCACACAGACGUCCCUGGAGUUCUCUCAGACUCUGGCUCCUGGUGCAGGACGUCGUUCAGCAUAUAACUGGUUAACUGGGAGUAGUGUGGACACACUGGCUGAUUAUUCCCUUUCAUCUGAUUCUUUAUCAUCACUUUUGGUGUUUGACAAAAAGAGAUCAGAGCGUCCACAAGCUGCCUGGAGAGCUGUGGGUGCAGGGUUUGGCUCUAAACGUCUCACUGCCACCAGUGACGACACAGACAGCCGGACUGCAGCUGAGCGGGAGCGGCGUGCAGACAUUCUGAGACUCAGAAGGAGAUUUCUGAAGGAUAAAGAGAAAGAGAGCAUAAAAUUCGCCAAGAAAGAAAUCCAUUCUCAAAGAACUGAGAGGGAGAGAAGAGCAGAUCUAAAGAUCCGCCAGGAUGCUCAGGUCACGCUUUACCGCAGCUACAGAGUUGGAGAUCUUCCUGAUAUUCAGAUUCAGUUCAGCAGCCUCAUUGCGCCACUACAGGCCCUGGCACAGAGGGAUGCCACACUAGCCAAGCAGCUGUUCAGCUCUCUGUUUGCUGGUGUGCUGGUUGAAAUGGAGAGAUUGAAAUCAAAUAAAGAAACAGCCGACAUUCUGAAGGAGCUAGUGCAGACUCUAAACGCUUUCCUUAACAAGAGCACAGUCUACUUUCCGCCCUUCAUUUCUUGCAUCCAGGAUAUGAGUUACCAUCAUAAGGCUCUUCUCGGUGUAGAGCCGUCUCUGGUCAGUGCCACCUGUCUUGCCAGCCUGCAGCAGCCCAUGGGCAUCCUGUUACUGGAGGAGAGUUUACUUCAUGGAGCUGGAGCAUCAGAGGAACCUCCAUUGAAACGAGCCCGAGGCAAACGUGAGCUGCCGCCUGACACAGAGAGAUGGAUCCAUCUUGCAAAACUUUACAGGUCACUGGGAGAUUAUGAUGUUGUCAGGGGAAUCUUUAGUGGCAAGAUUGGCACAAAGUCUAUAACAUUCACAGCCCUGCAAGCAGAAGCAAAGAGUGACUAUGCAGAAGCUGUGAAGCUCUACAAUGAGGCUCUAAACAAAGAGGACUGGGAUGAUGGAGAGCCCACAAUCACAGAGAAAGAUUUCUGGGAGAUUGCAGCGCUGGAGGCCUACAAUCACUUGACAGAGUGGAAAUCUCUUGAGUACUGUGCCACGGUCAACAUUGACGACAGCUCCCCUAUCAGACUAGACAGAAUGUGGACAGAGACAUUUUAUGUGGAAACAUACCUGCAGUACAUGAUGCGCAGUAUGUUGAAGCAGUUGCAGAUGGGUGAAACAAAUCAGGAUCUACUGAGCUUUGUCGAUGCUGCCAUGAAGACAGAGGAGCACAAGAUCAUCAUGGAGACUCACUACAGUCAAGAGCUGAGUCUGCUGUACAUCCUCCAAGAAGACUAUGACAGAGCUAAAUACUACGCCAACAACUGCAUGCAAGUCUUCAUGCAGAACUACUCCAGCAUCGACCCCUUGCUGAACCGCAGCCGGCUGACUGUGCUGCAGUCUGUCCAAGCUCUGACCGAGAUCCAAGACUUCUUGAAUUAUAUCACAGGAGAUGUCUCAGUGAAUUCUCUCAAGUUCAUGAUCAGACGGUGGACCAGCCACUAUCCAGAUGCUAAACUGGACCCCAUGAAUGUGUGGGAUGACAUCAUCACUUCUCGUUGUUUCUUCUUGGAUAAGAUUCUGAAGAGACUGAAGUCCACCCCUGAAAACAGCAUGGAGGUGGACGGUGCAGACCAGGGCAGUGGAGAGGAGCUCGGAGUGCUGGUCAAAACCUGCAAGUUCAACAUGAAACUCCAAAUGGCUGACAGCGCAUGGAAACAGAAUAACUUUCCAGUGGCAUCCAAGCUGUUGAAGGAACUUCACCGUCAUGCAAAGAUUGAUGAUGCACGGUUGCUCCGCUGGGUCCACAGCUUCAGCCGUUUCACUCACAAAAGAAUUGCUAGACUUGGACCUUCUGAAAAGAUUAAUGCUUUACUCAAGACUGUUCCACUUUUGAAGGAUGCUGAGAGACAAAGCGAAGCGCUAUCUGCCCGGAUGCUUCGUGACCAGAGAAUUCUUCUGGGGACCACUUAUGACCUCAUGGCUGGUGCUGCAGAUCGCAGUCCCUUUGCUCUGGAGACCCUCGGGGAAGAGAAAGUACAGAAGAUUCUCCAACUUUCGCAGGCCUCAUCCAUCGCCCAGGUGGUGGAGGGUCUGCAGAUUCAGGCUCUGGAGUUGUUGAGGAGUGCUGCAUGUAAAGCAGAAGAGGAAGAGCAGUCUUUCAGCCAACAGCAUGUGAACACGCAUGGUAUUGUGGAAGCCUACAUGACCAUGGCCAACUUCUGUGACCGAAGACUACGAGAGAGUGAACAGAAAGAAGAGGCAAUCAGUUCCAAGCUUCAGUCCUUGCCUGAACAUGUCGUGAAGAUGAUGCUGAAGGCGCUGAAGCUUAGCUCUGAGGAGGCCAGGCUCAAGUUUCCUCGUCUGCUGCAGCUAGUAGAAGUGUACCCUGCUGAAACCCUUGACCUGAUGGUCAGAGAGGUUGUGAGUGUUCCUUGCUGGCUUUUGAUUGGCUGGAUCAGUCAAAUGAUGGCUCUGCUUGACAAGCCUCAGGCGACAGCAGUUCAGCAUGUUAUAGAGGAGAUUGCAGAAUGCUAUCCACAGGCACUCAUAUACCCGUACAUGAUCAGCAGUGAGAACUACACUUUUGAGGAGUCUGCAAGUGGUCAGAGGAACCGAGAGUUUGUUGAGAAGCUGGAGUCAUUAUUGGAUAAAGGUGGUGUCAUCCAAGGGUUUGUAGAUGCCCUUCAGCAACUUUCAAACCCUGAAAUGCUUUUCAAGGACUGGUGGGAUGAGGUGAAGAAUCAACUGGACAAACCAAACCUGGACAAAAAGAAAAUGAAGCUACAAUACAUGACUGAAUUGCUUGGAGAUGCCAAGUCUCCAAGAUUUGGGUCUUACAGAAGAAAGUUCAUCCAGAAAUUCUCUAAAGAAGUGGAGAAGCUGCUUGGUGCCGGUGGGUCUAAGUUGUAUGAAAGGCGGAAGGAUAAGGACUUCCUCCAACAGGUGGACCGCAUGGUUCAAUCCAUGAGAGGUUUCCAAAAGGAACCAGGCAACAUGAAGGAAUACUCACCCUGGCUAAGCAGCUUCAAAGCUGAAACUCUCAAAAAUGAACUGGAGGUACCAGGUCAAUAUGAUGGCAAAUCAAAGCCAUUGCCAGAAUAUCAUGCAAAGAUCACUGGUUUCGAUGAAAGGGUGAAGGUUAUGACAUCUAUCCGUCGACCGAAGCGCAUCAUCAUACGAGGAGAUGACGAGCGGGAUUAUCCAUUCUUAGUGAAGGGUGGAGAGGAUCUGCGGCAGGACCAACGCAUUGAGCAGCUUUUUGGCGUGAUGAACAUGAUUCUCAGUCAGGACACUGCCUGUUCUCAGCGGAGCCUAGCACUCCGUACCUACCAGGUCAUUCCCAUCACCAGCAGGAUCGGUCUGAUUGAGUGGAUGGAGAACACUUGCACCCUGAAAGACUUCCUUUCCAGCAGAAGGACAGAACAAGAGCAGAAGACAAUCACAAGGCCCAAUGAAUUCUAUGAUGAGUGGAUCAGUAAAGUUGCUGGAAAGGUGGAGGGCAUUAGACGAUACGCUGAAUUGUACAAAAAAGCAAAACGUGUGGACACUGUGAAUAACUUUAGAAGAAUUGAGCAGAUGGUGCCGGACGACUUGUUAAAACGUGCUUUUGUGAGGAUGAGCACCACACCCGAAGCCUUCCUUUCACUGAGGUCCCAUUUCAGCAGUUCUCAUGCUGUGCUCUGCAUCAGUCACUGGAUUCUGGGCAUUGGUGAUAGGCAUCUCUCCAACUUCAUGAUCAAUACAGAGACUGGCGGCAUGAUCGGCAUUGACUUUGGUCAUGCUUUUGGAUCAGCCACUCAGUUUCUUCCAGUGCCUGAACUGAUGCCGUUUAGACUGACCCGGCAGUUUAUAAACUUGAUGCGUCCCUUGGCCGAGUCUGGUCUCAUCCAGAGUGUGAUGGUUCACUCACUGCGAGCCUUCAGAGCUGAGCCAGACUUGCUGCUCAACACUAUGGAUGUGUUUGUAAAGGAGCCCUCGCUGGACUGGAAGAACUUUGAGCUGAAGCAGCUGAAGAAAGGAGGCACCUGGACAGAGAGUGUAAACACCAAAGAAAUCAACUGGUUCCCUCUUCAGAAGGUCAACUUUGCUCGCCGGAAGCUUGAAGGAACCAAUCCUUCAGUCAUAACAAGUGAGGAGCUUUGUCUUGGAUUUGAGAAGAUGCCGGAGUAUAAGGGACUGUUGGCUGUGGCCCGAGGAGAAGAACAACAUAACAUUCGAGCUCGACUUGCUGACAAAGAUCUGACUGUUGAAGAUCAGGUAGAUUGCUUGCUUGAUCAGGCAACUGACCCUAAUAUACUGGGCAGGGUGUGGAUAGGUUGGGAACCAUGGAUUUGAAUCCAAUAGGGUAUUACAAAAAUCUAAUUCAGUGGGGAUUUCAAAUCAAAUUUUUUUGUAUCUUUCUGAAAGUUUGUAAGUGUGUGACGAUGAAGCUUUCAGAACCACAGCUAUUGUCAAAUAACUUUUCUAUGGGUAUGUUAAGCCAGAAUUUAAUAGGACUGUAUUAAACAAAAUGAAGGGAAAAUAAGCAGUUGUCAUUUUUCAUUGCAUGGAUUUCAAGAAUCACAUUCAUCAAAUAAAGCAUCCAAAUGUUAACAUUC